GACCCCGAAUCAAGUAUUCCAUCUUCAUCGUUCUCGUUUACACCCAUUCAGUCGCGUCUACCAAGUUUCUCAUCAUGGUAGAUACACCUGAUAGUGGUACCGAACCUACUGAAAUCGAACUUUCCGUUGUCGCUCGCCUCACAUUCUACAAAGCUGGCAACAACGGCAAAGGCAAGAAACAAACUAAGGAUAUCAAGGCGAAAACUUUCAACCACAACUUCUCCGAGUCAAAAGACAACUAUCUCGAACUUCUAACAGCGAUCCUAGAGAAGCACCAUGUCGAUAAGAAGUACAAAGUCACUGCCCGCAAUGUCUACCCUUGCAAGAUACAAGUCCAUCCGGCCAAGCAGGGCGACGCUCCUGAUGUGGUCAACUACGAGGAAUACCAAGACCUAGUCAAGAAUACGAUCCUUUCUGCACCGGUGGGGAAACCGGUUGUCAUAUUUGUUGAAAUGCCGAGCAUCGAGAAGUCGGCUAAACGAGUGAAAGCAGGUGAUAAUGAAGGGGGAUCGAGUUCUGACGACGAGGGCGCGGCCUGUGACGGAGAUGACGAUGACAACCCGGGGCUUUCAAAAGAAGAAUAUGAUCUGGCAAAAGAACGCGCAAAGCUCAAGAAGAAAUAUCAAAACGACCACGAUGGCGGCUAUACCUAUAUCGACGCGACCGGCGUCUCGAUUCCACUCACCCCAUUCAUGAUGAAAGAGUGGGCUCGUGCUCUUGUUGAUAAGGACAAGAGUGUUGACAUCGACAAUCCGCCACACACUCAAACCUUCGAUCCAGCAAAUAGAAAGUCCUCCUUGCUCACUCGAAAACGCUCCGAAAGCUCCGGGUCUACUGGUACUGAGCAUGUCAGGUCGUGGAACUUCUUCGGCAAUGGUAUUCAUGAAGGCAGCACGCAUGAUGUCAUUUCUCUCGAGGGCGCGGAUUGAGACACAUUUUCGAGAGAAGUCGAGCCUUCGUAGUGUGCGAACCAAAGUUGGGAUGGAGGGGCGACAGCCGCGAUGUAGGUAGAGUUCCUCUUGAAUCUCGUCGAGAUAGAUGCAGUGGCGGCGUUCGAUCAGGGACACAACAAACUUUACGUCUUCUCUGUUGAGAAUCCGGCGACGACCCCCCAUGCGAGCAUGAGGAUUAUAGGGAACUCCAUAGGUUGAGGAGUACGAGAGCGUUUUGUAUGCGAGAGACUUUUUGAUGCCUAGAAGUCCACAGAUUUCUUUGAUGGUAAAGUUCUGCUCGUAAUAGAGGACCGGAAUACGAGCUUUGAGAUCUCGGGAUACAGUUCUAGGGG